CGCGCGCCCUUUGCGUGAGGCGCGCUGAGAAAGGAAGGGCGGGAGUAAGCUAUCAACUUCCUGGCGUCUGCGUCGCUGUUUCCGGAAGUGGCGUCGCGUCGCUCGCCAAGGCCUUGCGUGUACGGCGAAGGAAGGAGCCUCUAUCUCCCCGUUGCCAGGGGCGACGGGGGAUUUCUGGGUCCAGGGAGAGAUGGAGGAGCCGGCUCCCGUGGCAGGCUCCGUCGCCUCGGCCCGGGCGCUGGUGCCUGUCCAGGCCGAGGCACGCGCCGUGGCUGUGGCGAAGGAGGCGGCCCAGGAAGCCCCCAAGAGCCGUAAGAGGGUCCUGGACGAGGACAGCUACAUCCAGAGUCUGGAGAAAAUCAUCCAAAGGGAUUUUUUCCCUGAUGUUGAGAAGCUACGUGCUCAGAAGGACUAUCUAGAUGCUGAAGAAAGUGGUGACCUGGAGAAAAUGAGACAAAUAGCCAUAAAAUUUGGCUCAUCCUUGGGGAGAUCUUCCAAGGACACCCCUGCACCGUAUGUUACUCCUGCCACUUUUGAAACACCUGAGGUUCGUCCUGGUGACUCCUCCAUGUUGAAUAAACCCAAGCUCCCAGUGAAAACUCCGGAGGAAGGUGAACCGGAAGAAGAAGAGAGCAAAGAUGCUCUGCCCAGCCUGGACAGCUUCUUGGCAAAACACACCAGUGAGGAUAACGCUUCAUUUGAGCAGAUCAUGGAUGUUGCCGAAGAGAAAGAGAGAGCCAGGCAUUCGUGGCUCUACGAAGCAGAAGACGAAUUUGCCCAGCGGCACCAGGAGCAGCUGAUGCUUCCGUCAGCAGAAGAGCAGCAGGCCCUGGCUAACGGGAAAGCUGGGGUGGAGACGUGGGAAUAUAAAGCUAAGAAUUCCCUCAUGUAUUAUCCACCAGGUGUUCCCGAUGAGGAGAAUGUGUUUAAAAAGCCACGGGAAGUUGUCCACAGAAACACCCGUUUCCUGAAGGAUCCAUUCAGCCAAGCCUUGAGCAAAUCCCAGCUCCAGCAAGCGGCAGCCCUCAAUGCUCAGUACAAGCAGGGUAAAGUAGGCCCUGAUGGGAAGGAACUUAUCCCCCAGGAAUCUCCAAAGGUUAACGGAUACGGAUUCGUGGCCACGCCUUCCCCUGCUCCUGGUGUGAACGACUCCCCUCUCAUGACAUGGGGUGAGAUAGAAAGCACCCCUUUGCGGUUAGAAGGCUCAGACACACCGUAUGUGGACAGGACCCCUGGCCCGGCCUUCAAGAUCCUGGAGCCUGGCCGCAGGGAGAGGCUCGGGCUGAAGAUGGCCAACGAGGCGGCCGCUAAAAACCGUGCCAAGAAGCAGGAAGCUUUAAGAAGAGUCACGGAGAACCUCGCCAGCCUUACCCCGAAAGGACUAAACCCAGCGAUGUCUCCAGCCAUGCAGCGCUUAGUAAACAGGACUGCCAGCAAAUUCACAGACAAAGCCCUCCGAGCCAGCUACACCCCAUCCCCUGCACACCUGGGCACACCUGGCUACAAGACUCCGGCAGGGGGGGUGAAUACACCCACCGUCACCCCAACCUCCAGGACACCAGUGGCCCAGGACCCUACCUCGAUCACGGACAAUCUGCUGCAGCUCCCUAAAAGACGCAAAGCGUCGGAUUUUUUCUGAAGACUGUUCUCUCUUUUGCCUACAGGCCGUUGAUGGUGAAAUAUGUGCAGUAUUGACAAGGAGGGCUGCCUGGAUUUUAGGAUUGUUUCUACCCUGUAAUCCCGCAUUGCUCCAGCACUUAGCAGGCAGCAAGAGUGGAAUAAGCCUUUUUGCUGAGCAAAAAAUGUCCUGCUGUAAUCUUCCGUGCCAGUUGAGCCUGGGACCCAAGGACAAAAUAGCAUAUGCGGCAUGAGCCCUUGUAAUGUAUUUGGGAUGGUUCUACAAAGGGGACUGCUGGUUGUGUUUGGGUGUCCCUCAUUCUCUCUGUACAGGAGUGUUUUUUUAUUUAUUGAACACCGAAAGCCUUUCAAUAAAGGCGUGGCGCACAUUUGAA